CGGCCGCUCCUCCUUCCCGCUCGCUCUUCGUUUCCUUUCAGGGCCGGUCCUGAAAGCAAAGGCCCGGAGAGGGCGGGGCGGGCUGAGGCGAGGCCGGCCAAAGGGGGCGGGCCCGAGCCGGACAGAAAGAGGCUUUUCUCAAUGCAGGCUGGAGGAGAGGCGGCGCGGUGUUGUUUUGUCGCCGCGGAUUAAGUCGGCUUGCCUUGGAGCCGACGUUUCCUCCGAGCACCAUGAGCGCGUCGGGGCUGCCUUGGAGCAUCGACAGCGGCGGGUCGGGGCUGCCUCCGCUGCCCAAAAGCCUGAGCGGCUUAUUGAAUUCUUCUUCCAGCGGAGGCGCCCCUGGCGGAGCCGGGGGGCGCUGGAGGGACCUGGAGCGGCUCUACGCGCAGAAGUCUCGCAUUCAGGACGAGCUGAGCCGGAGAGGUAGCGGCGGCGGCGGCGGAGGGGGGCGAGGAUCUCCUCGCCCUCCGAAGCCCCCUAACCUCGACGCCGCCUUGGCCCUGCUCCGUAAAGAGAUGGUUGGCCUCCGGCAGCUGGAUAUGUCAUUACUGUGUCAACUCUACUCUCUUUAUGAGUCAAUUCAGGAAUAUAAAGGUGCCUGCCAAGCAGUAUCAAGUGCAGACUGUGCAUAUGCACUGGAAAAUGGCUUUUUUGAUGAGGAAGAGGAAUUUUUUUAAAAAGAAUAUUUCUUAGGAAAGCCUUUUUUUUUUUUUUUUUGGAGUGCAGCUGGAGUUGGCAGUAAAGAGAUGAGCAGUGUUUAAUUGGAACUCAAAGUACAUUCUUCCUUCUGCUCAAGAAGAAUUGCUCCAUUUAUUUCUGGUGUGCAGUUUAACCCAGGUUACACAUUAUGUAAAUCCUGCUCUAGGAAAAUAAUGUGCAAUGAAUUUUGAAGCCUCCCAAAGCAUGCUUGACAGGUCACGUCAGUGUAAUUUGUGCACGGGGUGUUUCUAGACGGCAGAUGUUGAAAGCUAUCUUUUUAUAAGCAGAAGUGUGUCACUGUACAUGAAAUCCGCUUCAUCUCAAAUAUUCUGACAUGUAAAGUAUAGUUAUAUAGUUUGUGUGUUUGUAAUCACUGAAUAGAUCCCAUUAUCAUAAACAACAUCUUUUAAAAGCCUCUGAUCUGAGGGAUUGGAGUUUUUCCAGUUCUAUACACCAUAAAGGAUGAAUUCUGUAAUUCAGGGGUCUCCAACCUUGGCAACUUUAAGACUUCUGGAUUUCAACUCUCAGAAUUCCUCAGCCAGCGAAGCUGAAGUCCACAAGUCUUAAAGUUGCCAAGGUUGGAGACCCCUGAAACUUUAAACUACUUCCAAAGUUUUUACUUGGGUUAAUGAUCCAAUUCCCUUUCUUUCUUCCUAAUGUCAGAAUGACUUUUAUUUAAACCAAUGUAAUAAAAUUGUGUAAUUGUUACCCUCUUUUUUUCCCCUCAAAUGCAAUAAGAACAAAUCAAAGCAGCUCAUUGUACACCUUGCAGCUCCAUUAGCUUCCAUAACUGCAAUUUAGUUGUUCAUUAUCCAGUUAGUAAUUUAAGUUUAACAUACAGCAUCAUUUGUAAUACUAAAAUGUUUGAAAGACAAAUGGUCAAUUUGUUUCUUAUGGUCCAAAAAGACCUUUUUAGGGGUUUUUUGUACUAUAACAAAUGAAUGUUUAAACUGGAACUGUAAUUUGUUUAGCUUUCUCAUGGACAUGUAAUUUAGCGCUUGGAGGUAGCCAAGGAAAGUUGCAUGGCUGCCUUGGUGGACUAAAAUGAAUUCAGAAACCCACAGCCUACCUCACAUGAUGAAGUUAUAGGAACCCCAAGCAGAAGAUGGAAACCUGUGAACUGGUCUUUUGCUUAAUGGUCAGAACCUGAUUGGUCUCAGCUUCCUGGAAUACUUCCAUAAAUUAUAUAUGCAUCAGAAAAAUCUUUUCAACCUCAAAGGGAAAAGUGAGAUGACAAAUAACAAAUCUUCAACUUUGUGUCCAAAGGGAACAACAAAAUGUGUAAAAAGGACAAUCACAUCCUUACACUUAUUGUAGCAGCUUCUAUAAUCUAUUGUGUUGUUGUAUUGUACAAUACGUCCAUCCCUGUUUAUGAGAUCCUGCCAGGUUUGUCACCAAAUAGUUCUGUUCUCCUGCACAUUGAAAUCUCUGCUUUCAAAAUCUAAGGAAUCCAACUGAGCACACCCACACACAGACAAAAAGAAUUGGCCUAUUGGGGAAAUGGAUGGCAUAUAAAUAUAAUAUAUAAAUAAAGAAUAAUAGCCUAGCAAGCAACCCAACCCACUCAACUCUUUUUGGAACUUUUUGGGUUUUUUUGUUUUUUUUUACUAGCCUUAUUUUUUGUGCUGAUUGACUCCAUCAAUAAAGUUGGGGAAAUUGGAGACUAUACCCUUGUUGCUGAAAUUAAUUAUUUAGCGUAUGAUGACUGAAAUAAAUGAUACAUUGGUUCUCUAGAUUACCUAUGGGUUGGCUUCCACUAAAAUCAGUAGACAAAACAUAUCCAAUUUAGGCUGAAACCAACCAAUGUAAUAAGGAUUCAAAUAAACAUGUUAUCCUCCAGA